AACCACUGGCAGCAAGUCAGCACCCACUCUACCAACCCAGUCAUCAAGCCCAUCGCCACCCACAUGCUUGGCUGGAUGCACUACCUUGGUCGGGGUACCGUGCGAGACGAGCAGAAAGGUGUCAAGAUCAUCCGUGAUAACAGAUCGGACAAAUUUGAACUCGGGGAACAUGAAUGUCUGGCAUCGUUAUGGAGCAGAAUCAGCACCUCAGCACCAGCCCCUUGCAAGUUCCAUGAUCUGUGCCAACUGGGAUCGGAGCAUGAUUGGUUAUGCAUGCACCUCUUGGCCGUUUGUCAAUUUUUUGGAUUCGGAACUUUCGAGGACAGGGAGCAAGCAGAAAGAAUCUUCGAGCAACUCGCAAACGAUAGUCACAGCGACAGCCAGUUCUGGCUGGGAUCGCUCGAGUUCGCUCGCGAGAUAGUUGCGGAAAGCUUCUCAAAGUCAUUCCCGAUUUUAUACCAGUCUGCCAAUCAAGGAAACUCAUAUGGGCAAUGGAUAAUCGGCGAACACUAUAUCGGGGGCGCAGGAGUAACCAAGGACGACACCAAGGCAGCCGAGUGGUUCCGCAAGUCGGCCGAGCAAGGCAACCAGCGAGGACAGUCCUCGCUUGGCAUCUGUUACAUGCUAGGUCGCGGCGUCACCCAGGACUUUGAUGCUGCCGUAUUUUGGAUCCGGAAGGCAGCCGAGCAAGGUCACCAGGGAUGUAUCGAAGACCUCGAGAAACUCGACCUGUGGCCUUGAUCCUCCAAGUUUUGCCCUUGAUGAUCCAAGUGUCCAUGAUGAAGCGACCGUGUCCAAUGUCCCUCUCUUUAAUGUCAAUCUCCUUAUCGACGGCGCCUUCUCGUGUACUUCAGCACCACUCGCAUUCACUGGUACCACUCCAACUCCAUCGUUGGAUGCAAGAACAGUGUUGCGACACCAUUUCAUGUUUUGGAUAUCCCCAUCCGACGAUGUGUUGUGUGAAUGAAUACAAUUCGCUUCGCCAACA